AUGGCCAGUGUGAUCAUCGGCGCUGUCUUUCCUGACACGGUGCAUCGUUACGUUCCGUCGAUGCCGGUUGUUCCUUGUGACUCGGUGUCGAAAGAGCACGUUGAACGAGACGUUCCUGCUUCUCCUCUGUGGACCAGUGCUAAGGCACUUGUUACUAGAGCCCUGUCCCGAAAGGAAAUGUUUGAGAAUCCUCGCGCGUUGCGUGCGGUUCAAGCAGAAGGCGACAAAGUCAGGUCCAGGGGGGUAUGGGACGACGAGUCAGCUGAAGAACCGGAGACCGUCUGUCGUCGUGCUAAAGCAGCCGGUGAGCGCAUACACAUUGCGGAAGCAAUGACGAUCGCUGGUGUGAAGAAUGCUGAAAUGGAGGAAGACAAACACGUCUACAAGGGCAGAGUGGUCUAUCGUGGAGACGCCAAGGAUGAACAAGGGUUGCCGGCGUUGUUUCGUGAGUUGCACUCGCUCCCGACAAACAUGCAGGCAAUAAACUUGACUCUCUUCCUCGGCUUGUGUUCGGGCUUUCUCGUGCAGGCUGCAGAUGCUUGCCAAGCUUUUCUGCAGGCUCCACUGCGUUCUCCGGUUCCCACAUACGUCGUGUUGCCUUCCGAGUUAUGGCUUCCUCAGUGGAGGGGUCGGUUCAAAAGAGUCGCUGUCAAACUCAAACGGGCACUCUACGGCCACCCAGAAGCUCCAGCUGAGUGGCAAGCCUACCUUGAGAAUGUCCUGAAGACAGCCGAGGGCCUGAAGAGCUUCUGGUCGCAGUUGCGUAAGCACAUAGAUCUUGACGAAGUGACUUCUGUGGAGAGGUUUCUGGGUCGCUACCACUUGUUUUCAGAAGACGGAACAACGGUGUACAUGCAGAUGUCUGCAUACGCACAGCAGGCAAUCGAUCUGUACCUCUCUCUGCCCGGGGCUGUGCCUUUGAAGUCGGCAACCACGCCUUACGUAGCUGAGGGAAGCCUUCCUCUUGAAGACUUUGAAGUGAGAGGAGCUCUGGCCGAUUCCUCUGCAAAAAUAUUGAUGAAGCUACUUUGGCUCUCGCGGUUAUGUCGACCAGAUUUGGCACAUGUCAUUUCAAUGCUUGCGGUGCAGUCCAACACGUGGAGUCGUAAUGCAGACAAGCAGGUGCAUCGCUUGCUUUGCUAUCUGCAGAGCACAGCUGACUACUCUCUGAGAGGAAUCGUGAGGGACCCACUGCACAGCUGCUGGAUUGAUCUGUAUUGCGACGCAGACUUGGGCGGUUGCAUCCACACGGCCUUUGGCUUCAAGUGA